CCAAGAGUGGGGAGAACAGAGAGUUGCACAGUGACUGGAAGCCGCAGACAGAGCAGGACCUCCACAAAGUCACUGGAUCAGUGGGAUCGUGAAGGAACGUUCAUACAGCUGGACAUCCGUAUCCUUUUACAGCUUGAGGAACCGCAAGAACCUCCUUCCAUAGAAGCUGAGCGGGACUGACAAAAGGAAAUUUUCUAUAUUUGGUUUUAAUUUGUAGAGGUUAGCAAAGAAAGCCAGAUGACAGACUUUAGGGCAGCUUUAAAGUCCCGUUCGGGGCCUAAGCCAGGGUCUGAGAUCAAGACAAGCACCCCAGCAAAGGUUGAUUUUAGAUCGUUGCUCAACAAGAAAGAUGGUUCACCUAAAGCACCUGCUGCUGCCACACCACCUCCAAGCAGUGCACCUUCAGACUUCAGGUCUCUCCUGAACAAGAAGCAAGCACCCGAACCAGAGAAGACGAAUGAACAGAAAACAGAACAGAAUUCAUCAAAAGUAGCACCCAAGACACCCCUUAAGGAAAAGCAAAGCGGCGUCAAUGGCGUAAAUGGUGGUGCAAUUGAUAAAAAGGUUAACGUAAAGGAAAACGCAACACCAGAGAAAAAACCCAGCAGCCCUGAUGCAGGAACAACUGAAAAAAAGGAGAAAGCCACCCCAGAGAAGAAGACCAAUGAUGGAAAGGUAUCAGAGACAAAUGACAAAAAGGCCAAAGUUGUGAACGGAGGAGAGAAGGAUGCAGGAAAGCUGCCCGUUUUCAAACAGCCCCUCAGUGACAUCACUGUGGUGGAUGGAGAGAGGCUGAGGUUAGAGUGUCAGGUGGCCUCUGACCCCAAAGCUGUCAUCACCUGGAUUCUUGAUGGGAAAAUUGUGAAGGCAUCCAAGUUCAUUGUCUUAUCACAGGAAGGUGAAAAGUGUUCACUUACAGUCGACAAGGCUCUACCAGAGGAUGAAGGACGUUACACAUGUAGGGCGGAGAAUGCACAUGGUAAAACAGAAUGUUCCUGUAUGGUCACUGUGGAUGAUCCUUCAGACCCAUCAGCAGAUAAGAAGAACAGGAAGAGUUCUUCUACAACUCCCACUACAGAAAAUGAAGCCAGAAUAAAGAAGAAACCAGCUCCUGCAAAACAGAGUUCUCCGCCUCAGUUUCUGCAGUUCCCUGGAGAUCAGAAGAUCAGGGCAGGAGAGAAAGUGGAGCUGUUGGGGAACUUUGGAGGGGCGGCACCAAUAACUUGCUCCUGGCUCAAAUUUAAAAAGCCGAUCCAGCCAGGAAAUGGGGGCAUUUCCAUUGAGACCACAGAGAACAGCAGUAAGCUGACAAUCGCAGCAAGUGACCAGGAUCACUGUGGUUGCUACACUCUCGAACUGCAGAAUAAAUUUGGUACCAAGCAGGCCUCACUCAACCUCACCAUUGUAGAUAAGCCAGAUCCCCCAGCUGGCAUCCCUGCUGCUUCUGACAUCCGCAAGUCUUCACUCACCCUCUCCUGGUAUGGCCCCACUUACGAUGGAGGCAGCAUCGUCCAGUCCUACAACCUGGAGAUCUGGAACUCAGUCGACGACACAUGGGCUGACCUCACCUCCUGUAACAGCACCUCAUACCACGUUCAGAACCUUCUCACCGACCGUCAGUAUAAGUUCCGCGUUCGAGCUGUUAAUGUGUAUGGAGUUGGAGAGCCCAGUGCAGAAUCUGAGCCCAUUCAAGUGGGAGUGGAGGAGGUAACAGUGAAAAAGGAAGAGGAGGAAGUUGGAGCCGCUGUGUCCGAUGAUGAUGAGGAGAAGGAGCCAGAAUAUAGAGAUGUGGUCGUUAAGAAAGACUGUAGCGUUAAGGAUUACUAUGAUAUAGAGGACCGCUUAGGAACGGGGAAAUUUGGUCAGGUCUUCAAACUCGUAGAAAAGUCCACCAAGAAGGUAUGGGCAGGGAAGUUCAUCAAGGCAUUCUCACAGAAGGAAAAAGACAACGUGAGGCAGGAGAUUGGCAUUAUGAAUAGCCUCCACCACCCCAAACUGGUCCAGUGUGUGGAUGCCUUUGAGGGAAAAUCGGACAUGGUCAUGGUAAUGGAAAUGAUUUCUGGCGGUGAGCUGUUUGAGCGAAUCGUCGAUGAGGAUUUCGAGCUGACUGAGCGAGAGGUGAUUAAGUACAUGCUGCAGAUCAUCGAUGGAGUGCAGUUUAUCCACAAGCAGGGAAUUGUCCACUUGGAUCUCAAACCUGAGAACAUCAUGUGCAUCAACAAGACGGGAAGCAAGAUCAAGCUCAUUGACUUCGGACUUGCUCGAAGGCUAGAGGAUUCUGGCUCUCUGAAGGUUCUGUUUGGAACUCCUGAGUUUGUAGCUCCUGAGGUGAUCAACUACGAGGCCAUCAGCUACCCAACAGACAUGUGGAGUAUUGGCGUCAUCUGUUACAUUCUUGUCAGUGGUCUUUCUCCAUUCAUGGGAGAUAAUGACAAUGAAACCCUUUCCAAUGUCACCUCAGCCACCUGGGAUUUUGAGGAUGAGGCGUUUGAUGAGAUUUCAGAUCAGGCCAAAGACUUCAUCAGCAGUCUCCUAAAAAAGGACAUGAAGGCCAGACUGACCUGCGCUCAGUGUUUAGAGCACUCUUGGCUCAAACAGGACACCAAAAAUAUGGAGGCUAAACAACUGUCCAAAGAGAGGAUGAAGAAGUACAUCCUGAGACGCCGCUGGCAGAAAACAGGGAAUGCGGUGCGAGCCAUCUCUAGGUUCAGCUCUAUGGGAAUGUUAGGAGGAGUCGGCCCAAAGAAAAGUUCUCCAACUGAUGAAGAGCCUCCUGCACCGUUCCUUGAGAGUAUGGAGGAUGAAACCCGCACCCCUGUGGCCCCCAGCUUCUCCUCUGUCAUACAGGAUGUAGAAGUGGUGGAAGGCAGUGCUGCCCGCUUUGACUGCAAGAUUGAGGGCUACCCAGACCCUGACAUUGUGUGGUACAAGGACGACCAGCCUAUUAAGGAGACACGACACUUCCAGAUUGACUAUGAAGAGGAUGGCCACUGUAGCCUGGUGAUCUCAGAGGUUUGUCCUGAUGAUGAUGCCAAGUACACCUGCAAAGCCGUCAACAGCCUGGGAGAAGCCACCUGUACCGCUGAACUGAUGGUGGAGUUUAUGCAGGAGGAGGAAGGAGGGUGAAGCUGAAGCUGAAGCUGAAGCUGAAGGAGAGGAAGAGGAUUAAAUAAUGUUGGAAACACAAGUGAAGGACGAUGUGAGAUAGAGGAGGAGAGCGAAUAAAUACCACAGGAACUAUGAAUAUCUUAAAGAUUUUACACAAUUUCAAUUCUUCUUUUUUACACCAUCUGCAUAUUUCUUCUUACUGCCUAGAAUAGUUUGGAAAGAGCACCUGUUUUGGGUAAAACUGCUUGCCAAGAUAAAAGACAUUCCAGCUUGUGCUGUUCUGUCCAGACAAUUAUCCCAACUGGUUUACCAAAAGGGACUACAAAACUAAAUGUGACAGCCUGUAUAGCAACCCACUGAUGCAAUGAAAAAAUCCACCACUUGUUUUAUGAUACUGAUAAGUCAGUAUACAUUUGUGUGCACAUUUGAAAUUUUAGCUUUGCACUGCAGUGCAAUCUAGUGGUACAAACACGACAGUGCUUCUUCAAAUAACACUAGUCCAGUCUAAUAUAGUGUCAGAAUCAAUUUAAAUACUGUUGGAGACCUUACUGUAUGAAGAUAUUAACUUUUUUUGUUUUAUGAACUAUUUUUCUGCAUUUUUAAAAUCUAAUGAUUAUAUUAUUGUUUUAUUUAAUAGUUAUAAGAAUUUUUGUUGCUAAAUGAUUGAAUGUAGUUAAUUCAGUCAUUUAGAAACUGUAGCUGAUAGAAGAAAGUGCCCAGCAUUAGACUCCUGAAAUAUGAAGAACUGUCUGUGCUGUUUGCCCUUUUUGAGUUAAUUCACUUGCAUGACAAAGCAAUGAGGUGAACUUUGUGCAGCAACCUGCAAUACAACCCCUCAUAUGAUAUUUAUAAACCCCGUACAGGCUUCUGCUGCUGUUGAGUGUCUGCACUAUUCUCUGAGAAUGAAUUAGUCAUAGAAUUAAAACUCAGAGCUGUUUUGUCUUAUCUUUUGAUUUUUCACUUAACAUAUAAUGCUUUAAAUUUCCCAUCACAUAAGAAGUAGAGUAUUAAAACUUAUAACAGAAAUCAACAAAUCUAAGUGACCCUGUAUGUUAGUUUGUUUGUUUUUUUUCAGCAUAAUUGGCAGUGAUUUUCUGAACAAUGGACAUAUAAAUAAAGUGUUUCCCUUCUG